GUCCUCCGCUGUUUCCGCGUUGAUGGGCGCGCUCGCGCCAACCUCAGCCACACGAGAGAAGCGUCGCGCUCAGCUCGCGGAGACAGACCGUGUCCCACCCGGCACGAGGGAGGACACACAGACACACACACACACCUCUCUGAACCUCCUCCGUUCGGACCUGCGUUCUUUUUCACUCACACUAAACACACACACUCACAGAGCGAGUAGAGACCUCCACCGCCGCAGCCCAUCCUCAGACUAAGGUCCCUUUUCUCUGGGUGGAACUACCCUGGGACGAGAGGGAGCGCGGGACGCAGAGAGAAGGAAGCCAAAUACAAGAAACUUGUGGGAAGUCUGAAGAAUCCCUGAAGACCCUCCACUUUUAUGCUUUCCUCCCACCACCCCUGCUUACUCCCCAGUGCAGGCUCCUCCCUCUGAAGUGCUGCAGCAAGGGCCUGCAGUGAGCAGUGAAUGCUGGGCUAGGUGAUCACCUCUGAGCAGAAGGUCCACUUGAAUUGACUGGUGAAUAUAGGCACAGCACAUCUUGAAAUGCCAGGGAGAGGGAGAGUGGUGGACUGUACCUGACUGUCACACAACCAGCUUAGUCUGUGAUGGAUGUAACGGUGGGCCUGUGAAGAGACGUGUGCCCUGGAGUUGUGAAUGCGUUGACGCUGAGGCACCAUGCCAGUAAAGGGCAAGUACCAGCUCAACGAUCUAGAGCUCAAGCAGGAGGCCCUGUACCGCAAGUUCUCCUGUGUCAACCAGUACCAGCUGCUGGUUUUACUGCUGGGACUUACCACAUUGUCAUGUGCCGUGCUCCUCGUCCUCUUCUUUUGUCUGGGGCUGAAUGCCAAGGAGCACAGCGCUUUUGUGGCUGUGGUAAGCUGCGGCCUUUGUGUCUUCCUCACCGUGUUUGUGCUGGUGUGCAGCGAGUCCCUGUCGCAGCGCUGGAUGAAGCCCCUGGGUGUGGUGGUGUGGGCCACGCUCACUGCCAUGGGCUUCACCUUCACUUUCAGCAGGACGGUCAUCUGCCCCUGGGACCAGGUCCCAUUCUUCUUCUUUAUCAUCUUUGUUGUGUACACCAUGCUGCCCUUCCGGAUGCUGUAUGCUGUUAUGCUGAGCAUUAUCUCCUCGCUGUCUCACGUCACAGCCCUCACUGUUUACUUUUUCAGCUCUCAGCGUCCCUCACAGGCGCUGAUUCUCCAGCUGCUUGCCAAUGUCGUGCUCUUCCUGUGUGCCAGUGCCGUGGGAGCCUUCCACAAAGUGCUUAUGGAGAGGGCCCUUCGCCAGACCUUCCAGGACAUGUUACGCUGCCUGGGCAUUCGUGUAAAGCUGGAGACUGAGAAGAGGCAACAGGAGAACCUCCUGCAGUCAGUGCUGCCUGUCCACAUCUCCAUGAAGAUGAAGCUGGCCAUCAUGGAACGAUUGCAAGACUGCAAAGACAAGAAGGAGAAGCAGUGCCUGGUUAGAGACAACAACUUCCACAGUCUCUAUGUGAGGAGGCAUGAGAAUGUCAGCAUCCUGUAUGCUGACAUUGUUGGCUUCACCCGAUUGGCCAGUGACUGCUCGCCCAAAGAGCUGGUCAUCAUGCUCAAUGAACUCUUCGGCAAGUUUGACCAGAUUGCCAAGGAGAAUGGAUGCAUGAGGAUAAAGAUCCUUGGGGACUGUUACUACUGUGUGUCUGGCCUGCCUGUCUCCUUGCCCAGUCAUGCUGAGAACUGUGUGAAGAUGGGCCUAGACAUGUGUGAGGCAAUCAAGCAAGUGCGAGAGGCUACGGGUGUCGAUAUCAGCAUGAGAGUAGGCAUUCACUCUGGUAACGUGCUGUGUGGAGUAAUUGGACUCCGCAAGUGGCAGUUUGAUGUGUGGUCACACGAUGUCACUUUGGCCAAUCACAUGGAGUCUGGAGGUUUACCAGGGCGGGUCCACAUCACAGAAGCUACUCUGAAACACCUCAAGACCUAUGAAGUUGAGGAGGGAAAUGGGCACCUGAGGGAUAGUUAUCUGAAGGAGCAAAAUGUGAAAACCUACCUGGUCAUUGACCCCAGGUCCAAGGACCCUGCCUCGAGUCAACGGCGUCUGCCAAAGCCACGGGUGAAUGACGGUCUGAAGAUGCGAGCCUCUGUGCGGAUGACACGCUACUUGGAGUCAUGGGGUGCUGUCAAACCCUUUGCCCACCUUCAGAGCCGGGAGGGAUACAUCAUGGAUGCCAUGGUCAAUGGCAAACUGCACUCCAAGGACAUACCUCUGCGAUCAAUACCCAAGGUAACUGAAAGCUUGGAUGAGUCUGAGGAGGAGGCAGUCUCCUUCCCCAACCCGGCAUUGGGCAGCGCUAAGAUGAUGUGUCAGAAGAACAAGUUUGAUGAAGACCUCCACAACGAGAUGACCACAACCAUAGAUGAACUGAGCUCCAUAAAGCAGUGGGUGAAGUCUGAGGAGCUCAGCACCUUUAGCUUGUGGUUCACCAAGAUGGACCUUGAAAAACAGUACCGAGCUAUCGACUUGCCCAACUUCAAGUACUACAUUGGCUGUGCAGCAUUCAUCUUCCUCUGCAUCUUCCUCAUCCAGUUAUUUGUAGCAAAUGAGCGUAAGGAACUAGGCCUGUGUUUUGGGGUGCUGGCGUGCAUUCUCCUGGCAACCCUUGCUGUCUGUUUCGCGGGUCACCUGCAGCAUUGUUUCCCAGAGAAGCUGGCCUUGCAGUGGCUGCCCUCACUAUCAGAAGCAGUAGGGAAGAAACCCUGGUUACGUCUUCCCUUGACCAUCAUUUCCACUGCUAUUAUCCUCAUCAUGGCUGUCUUCAGACUGUGUUUCAUAGACAACCCACUACCAUGUGAACUCAACAUCACCUCCCACAUGAACACCUCCGGACAUGCAGAGCAGUUGGAAUCAGGUUGCAAUGGGCUGUUCUACUUGCCUUACUCUGUGUACUGCUGCAUCCUUGCUCUGAUUGCAUCUGGAGUGUUCCUUGGCAUAAGCUUUGAGCUCAAGUUGGCCCUGAUCAUCCUUGCCUCUGCCUCUGGAUAUGUCAUCAUUCUCAGCUCAAAGGUGUCAUUCUUCCAGUGCUAUGGCCAGCUACUCUAUUACAACAGCAGUGACAUCCUGGCUGUUGCAGGUAUCAUGAAGCAUCCCCAGGGCAUGAGCUGCAUAUAUAUCACUCUGUUCCUGCUCACUAUCCUCCUGAUCAUAUGGCAGAAUGAAUACUGCUGCCGCAAGGACUUUCUGCUGAAGAACAAGAACCGAUUGGAGCAAGAUGAGAUUGAGACACGAGAGAACCUCAACCGACUCCUGCUGGAGAAUGUCCUGCCAGCCCAUGUGGCUACACUGUUUGUUGGGGAAAACAAAAAGAAUGAGGACCUCUACUACCAGUCUUAUGACUGUGUGUGCGUGAUGUUUGCCUCGAUUCCAGACUUCAAGGAAUUCUACACUGAGUGUGACAUCAACAAGGAGGGCUUGGAAUGUCUGAGGCUCCUCAAUGAAAUCAUUGCUGAUUUUGAUGAGCUUUUGUCCAAACCCAAGUUCAGUGGUGUGGAAAAAAUCAAAACCAUUGGCAGUACCUACAUGGCAGCUGCUGGGCUCAGUGGGACCCCGGGACAGGAAAACAACCAGGAUCGUGAAAGGCAGCAGGCACAGAUCGGGAACAUGGUAGAGUUUGCCAUUGCACUCAUCAGUAAGCUGGAUGGCAUCAAUAGGCACUCCUUCAACAGCUUCCGGCUGCGUGUAGGGAUUAACCAUGGGCCAGUAAUUGCGGGGGUUAUUGGAGCCAGGAAGCCGCAGUACGAUAUCUGGGGCAACACUGUGAACGUGGCCAGCAGAAUGGAAAGUACUGGAGAGCUGGGCAAGAUCCAGGUGACGGAGGAGACGGCCACUGUUCUGCAGAAGCUGGGCUAUUCCUGCAAGUGUCGGGGCCUCAUUAAUGUAAAGGGUAAAGGCGAGCUGAAGACCUUUUUUGUGUGCACAGACAUGAGCAAGUCACAGGGCAUGAGUGUGAGCUGAGUCCAAGACUGGAACGUGCAUACACCAGUGCAACUGAAUAUACUGACUUUUUACCUACUCCUUCAUUUAUGCUCCCUAACAAAAAGGGAAGUAUCCAUUUGGAAAAAUGGGUUGAAGUCACCAUAAAUGCAGUAGUAUUAAGUCUGUUUUGCUGAAUUUUGUAAAGCUUUUUAUUGGAAACAUUCCAGUUCCCAGUGCAAGGAAUUGCUAUAAUCUUCCGAGUGAUGGCCACAACAUUUUAGAACUGAACUGGAGCUUAUUUGAUUACUUUGUACAUACUCAUUAUGUUAAGAUGUUCUUUAAUGUUUGCUCUUCACAAGAGUUUUUACUGUUGAUCAACGUAGGAUAGUUUGAGGUAAAAUAGAUUCCCUAAGUCAACUUCCAUAAUUAACAUACACUCUGUUUAAUUACUGUGUAAUGUUCAUAUAAGGUUUGACAUAAAAAUGUUUCGUUAUUGGAAACAGUCAAACUUUGCUGCAUCUUAUGGAGAAAAAAUACUGUUCUGUUAGUUCUGAAAAUUACAUCUAAUGUAGUGAAAAGAAAAACCCAGAUCAGGUGUAGUACUCAUUUUUACCUCAUUUUGUUUUGAACAUUUUACAUAUUAAGCCUGAUGCAGCAUUUUGUAUUUGUUGCUUAAAGGCCACCAUAAAUCUCAGUGUGUUAUUUGCCUUGCUGAAGACAUGCUGUGUGGGCUACUUUCUUUGGGUGCUAUGCUUUGCUAUUGCUGUUGAAGCAGGUAAGACGUUUUCUACAAGUUUGUAGUUUUCUGUGCAGGUAGUCAACAAACAUUGAUGUUGAGUUGAUGGAACUGGCAAAAGCUUAAAAAAAAUGUAGAAACAGUUAGUGGCCAUGAAGGAAAAAAGUGAUAAACUGAAGUCAAACACCAAGCUAUCAUCGCUAUCUGUCCUGACCAUCCCUACUGGUUGUAAUCUUAAUUUCUAAUAUCCACUGUCUGAUGUUUACAGCAUCACAGGAGAACAAGUGUAACUGAACAUCCCCCCCCUUUUGUACAGUAAUGGUGAAUAAAAUAAU